CUCUCUAGACCAGAAUAUCUCAGUUCAAACGUUGGGGAAAAUGCUUUUGAAGUUUGUGGAUCAAUAAGAACUUCCUGUUUUGCAUGAAGCUCAAAAGGCAGAGUCCCCAAACUAGUAGAGGAUGAAGGGAGUUGAGAGAUGCUUAAAUACCGGGGCCUGAUUGCUCUGGGCAGCUGGUGAGGUGGUUCCCAGGCAACAUGAAGUCUCUCCUAACUCUCCUUACUCUAGGGCUCCUCCUGCUCUCCAUCACUGUCCAGGGCAGGACCUACAGCCGAUGUGCUAUGGCCAAAACUCUGAAAAGAUUUGGUCUAGAUGGCUUCCACGGAAUCAGCCUGGCAGACUGGGUUUGUUUGGCCAAAUCAGAGAGUAAUUUUAACACGAAAGCUACAAGAUUCCACCAUGAAGACCAAAGCACCAACUAUGGGAUAUUUCAGAUCAGUAGCCGAUACUGGUGUAAUGACCACAAAACCCCAGGAUCAAUGAACUUUUGUCGGAUACUCUGCAAAGAUUUGCUGAAGGAUAACAUCUGGAAAGCUGUAACUUGUGCAAAGAGGAUCGUGAAGGAUCCACUAGGAAUUACUACAUGGGAAGGAUGGAGAACAAACUGUGAGAACAAAGACCUCGAUCAGUACAUUCAGGGCUGUGGGCUGUAACUGUCUCCUUGUGCAGAUCAUUUGGCUCUUCUUCAGAGCAUGGUAAACAGCCAGGUAAAAGGUCACCCUGCUGGCAUUCCCCGUCAAAGCUGCACAGGAGCAAGAGCUAAAAUAAAUGACAGUCUUUAUCCUGAAAUGCCUCCUACUAACUGCUUU